AGUGUCUUAGAAUCUCUGGCUGGAAUCAACUUGCCCCGUGGACAAGGUAUCUGCACAAGGGUACCCUUGGUCAUGAGGCUCCAAAACCACUCACAUCCCAAACCAGAGUUGGAGCUGGAGUAUAAUGACAAACAUGUGCCCACGGAUGAGGCUCACGUCUCUGAAGCCAUUUGUGCUGCGACAGAUGAACUUGCCGGCUCUGGGAAAGGAAUUUCGAACACCCCAUUAACUCUUAUCGUGAAGAAGAAUGGCGUUCCUGAUCUCACGAUGAUCGAUCUUCCCGGCAUUACGCGAGUGCCUGUUCAAGGUCAACCUUUGGAUAUAUAUGACCAGGUUGUGAAUACUAUUAUGGAGUAUAUAAAGCCUGAGGAGAGCAUUAUUCUCAAUGUUUUAUCUGCCGCUGUUGAUUUCUCAACUUGUGAGUCCAUUAGGAUGUCACAGACUGUUGACAAAACGGGAGCGAGGACUCUUGCUGUUGUCACAAAAGUUGAUAUGUUCCCGGAUGGACUGUGUGAGAAAGUAAAUGCUGAUGAUGUGAACAUCGGUCUUGGCUAUGUGUGUGUAAGAAAUCGCAUUGGAGAUGAGUCCUACGAAGAAGCUCGUGAAAAAGAAGCCAAACUAUUCAAGACACACAAGCUUUUGUCCAACAUUGACAAGUCCAUUGUUGGUAUUCCGGUUUUGGCAGAGAAGUUGGUUCAGCUUCAAGCGGCUAGUAUUUCCAAAAUAUUGCCUGAGAUUGUUAAGAAGAUCAAUGACAAACUUGAUUCUCAGCUUUCCAAGCUGGAAAAAUUUCCCAGAAAACUCACCUCCUCGGUUGAUGUUAUGUCUGCAUUCAUGGAUGUCAUUGGGUUGACAAGGGAGUCCCUAUGCAAGAUUCUUCUGAAGGGAGAAUUUGACAAGUACCCUGAUGACAAACAAAUGCAUUGCACUGCUCGCCUUGUUGAAAUGCUGGAUCUGUACUCUAAUGAUCUCCGCCAGGGUUCUGAAAGUAGUGCUGAAGAGAAGUUUUUGAUGGAAGAAAUUAAGGUGCUAGAAGAAACCAAGCGGAUUGGACUUCCAAACUUCAUGCCACGCACUGUUUUUCUUACACGUUUACACAGUAAAGUGGAAUCCAUUUCAAGCAUACCAAUUAAGUUCAUUGACAAGGUGUAGGACUAUCUUGAGGAGGUGGGGGUAACUAUCCUGAAACAUCACUCAGAACAUUAUCACCAACUUCAGACAUCUUUAAGACUUGCUUGGCAGAAGCUCAUUGCUAAGAUGAGGGAAAAUUCUAUGAAAUAUAUGCAGGAGGUUGUAGAAAUGG